CUGAUAUGCGUAUAUUCCCCGUCUUCUUCCUCCUAUUCAAAGGUGUUCUCUCUCAUGAGAAGAUGCUCUCAUUCGUGUGUUGUUGAAGUUUAGUAAAGUUAUGGCCCGGAGAGCUCGCCGACCAUUCCUAGUGGUGGUGUUGGCGUCGUUUGUUCUCUACUCGACAUGCAGCCUUUUCUUAACACCUCGGCUGUCCACUCCGACGGGAGCAACGCCGAGGUUGCGGGCCUCGAGGGCGAUCUAUGGAGAUGAGGGGAUCGGGCCGAGCAAGCCGGACGAGCCAUCGUUGGGCUCUAGAUUAGCCCGCGGUGGAGCUCUAGCCUCGAUGCUGGCAGUUGGCUCGGUGUUGGGGUAUGGUCUGCGGCGAGUCUUGCCUGGCUUUAUUCAGAAGGCGUCUCAUACAAUUCAACUCUUGCUCCGAGAUACACCACCGGAGAUGCCCCCUGUAGUAGUAUAUCCCCCUAACACUGUAUUCUGGUAUAAGAGCCCAGACCUCGGUGCCAAGUUGGAGAUCCCAGCAACAAUACCUCUCACAGACACUCUCACUGAUGCUGCUGUUAGGGAAAGGAUUCGGAGACAAAUAUCACAGUCGAGUUGGUGGGAGGAUAAGCUCCCUUCGAUGACAACAGUGAUGGAGAUCGGCUCAACUUUACUCUCGCUGUGGUCCCGUAGCGGUUCUAACGGCUGAAAUAUUUCCUCUACA